AUGCCCUGCAGAUACUUGAAGCAGGCUGGGUGUACGAUCCAUCUAUCACUCGUGUUAUGGGCUGCACUGUGCAUCUGUUUUAUGAUCGAUGGAUGUGCCUUCAAUAUCGGCAUUUUUAUAUCUCUCUGGCUAGCUGAUUUCAAUGUGACACGGUUCCAGCUUGAUUUCAUCGGCUCAAUCCAACUUUUCACUACCUACUGUCUAGGGCCUUUUACGGGUGCGCUGAUCGAACGCUUUGGAAUAUCCGCGGUGUCCCUAACCGGUGCUCUCCUUGCCUGCCUAGGUCAUUUGCUCACUGGUCUGCUGCCAACGCUACCCACACUGUUUCUCUGUUUCGGAGCUAUGAGUGGCUGCGGUUACGGCAUGCUGUACCUAUCCGCAAUCGUCUCAGUAACGACUAGCUUCGAUGAACUGCGACCAUUAGCAAUGGGCAUAAUGGCCUGCGGUUCAGGACUAGGUUCAUCAGCUUUUAGUCUCGCGAUACCUUUGUUAGAGGCGAAGUACAGCUGGAAAGGUGCAUGCAUAAUAAUCGCAGGUCUCCUCUUGAAUUGCUGCGUCUUCGGGGUGACACUUAGUUUGAGUAACAUCAAGAGACCACCUCCUCCACCACCACCCAUAUCAAUGGGACCAUCCAAGAAGUCAAGCGGCCUUACGGAUAAUUUGGGUUUUCUGGGCUCCGGCUAUCUCCAACUUCCUGCCGAAUUGGGCGGGACACCUUUGGCACUGCAGUCGCAAGCCGAUUUAAAGGCCGCGCUGGUUACACCGAAAAUGCAGAACAUGUUGGGCAGCCUGGGAUCCUUCUCAUACCUAGUAGAGGUUGAAAAACUGGUGCAAGCUAAUGGACUCUUUGGCAAGGGACAAAGCCUUUGGGAAAAUCGAAGUUUCAUUAUGUACCUGACAGGGCUAUUCUGCUAUGCUCUCGGUUCUUUAUCUCCAGUUAUUCUAUUCUACGACAAUCUACUAUUUUUUGGAAUAUCUCCAUUCACUGCUGCGACCAUAAUGUCUUGCUGUGGAAUUUCUAAUGCAGUAGCCCGCCUCGUUGUUGGCAGCAUUGUGAAUGUGAUAAAUGUCAAGAAGGAUUACCUGCUGGGAUCAAUCAUUAUUACAAUGAGCUUGGUUCACGUCAGCUUUUGCUUCAAUCGCGCUCCUGCAUUCUUUUAUCCCUACUCAGCGGCUGUUGGAAUAUGCUUAGGUGGUUCGACCGUUCUUAGUCCACUGGUAGUGGCUGACCUUGUCCAGGUGGAACGUCUCACAGAGGCCAUGAGCUACCAAAUCAUGGCGUUGGGGCUGGGGUUUUGCCUCAGUACGCCAAUGGCAACGCUAACCAAUGAUUUACUGGAGUCUCGCUGUGCCAGCUAUUUAGCGUCGGCAGGACUGCUCAUACUUAGCGGCGUUCUCAUCAUUGCAGCACAUUUUCUGAACAAUCGCUUAAGUGAUGACGACGUGGAACGAUUGCGAAGACGUCUCGAGGCGGCUUUGAGUUAA